AUGGCCACCGGUGAGAGGCGAUCAAAUCUCAGGUUGCUCAGGACGUCAUUGAUUCUGGACCAAGGCGACACACGCACGACUCGCCAUGGAGACUGUCUCAGACUGUGUAUUUACAACGCGAGAACAGUUUCCACGAACGCUGACCUGCAUGCCCUUCUCGGAGCUGCAGGGCGUAUCAAAUUUCACGUGAUUGCUCUGCAGGAGACCAAGUGCAGAAGGAGCGACGUACGACAGAUGAAUGACGGUACACUCGUCAUUCGUGGAGAGAACGUUCCGUCGCGAAAUGUAGGCGGUGUUGGUUUUGUUGUGCAUCCAUCUGUCGUCCAUCUCGUCGAUUCUCACGAGAUCCUGUCACCUCCAGCUGAUGAUUCCGAAUUGGACGCGUUUUACGAGGAGCUGGAGGAAGUAGUCCGCAACGAGAAGUCCUUCUACAAGUUCGUUGUCGGAGACUUCAACGCAAAACUAGGAAAGGCCACAGAAGAUGAAUACAGGAUUGGAAGAUUUGGACUAGGAGACCGGAAUGAAAAUGGCAAUCGUCUCGCCGGGCUGUUGGCCGCCGCUCGCCUCUUUCAUGCGAACUCUCUUUUCAUGAAAAAAGAUCAUCGUCGGUGGACAUGGGAAUCGCCCAAUGCCGCGACUCGUGCGGAGAUCGACCACAUACUCAACAACCGGAGGUGGUGUCUAUUGGACGUCACAGUAGUACCAUCUUUUUGUAGUGGUUCUGAUCAUCGUCUUCUUCGUGCGAAAAUACGACUUAGCCACACGAUGGAAAAGAACAUCUGCUAUAGGCAACGAAGGAGAAAAGAAGUCGUCUACGACGAUUGCGUACUCGAGGACUCCUUGUCCCAAGGUGACUGGCACAUCGAGGAGGACCCAAACGUGGACUACGAGAUGCUGCUCAGAGGAUUACGAGCCUGCGCUGAACGUGCCUCGAAGCCGCGCACGACAAACUUGGAUCGAAUUUCGAAGACCACCAAGGAAUUGUUGGAAAGAAGAAGGGCUUUGAGGCUAGAUCCGAAUGCAUCGCACAUUGGGCGAAGCAGCACAAAGAAGAACGAGUCGAAAGAAGUGCCGCAAGGAUCUCUGCGAAUAUAUUCCGCUAGCAGCCUUGCUGAGCGAAGACGGGACUCGCACGUCUUCUCGUCGAGAGAUGGAAAUCAUUACGGAGAAGUUCUACUCGAACCUUUUCCGUUCAUCAACUCCUGUGUCAACCCGAUCAUCCCCACUGGUGAAGCUCCACCACAGAUUCUCCCUUCGGAGGUACGAGUCGCUAUCAAGAGCAUGAAACCUGGCACAGCCCCCGGACCUGAUUUUAUAUCAGCAGACUUUCUUCGGGCUGGUGGCCAUCCGCUUCGUGUAAUCUUUGCAGCGCACAUGACAUCCUACCUCCAGAAAGAAAGGAUCCCAGACCAGUGGAAGACCUCGCGAACCGUUCUUAUCCAUAGGAAAGGUGACCGAGAGGACCUUCGGAACUACCGUCCGAUAUGCUUGCUGAGCGUGUUAUACAAGGUAUUCACCAAGAUCAUCCUCACACGCAUAUCUAGGACGCUGGAUGAAGCCCAGCCUCAAGAACAAGCUGGAUUCCGCCAGGGGUUCAGCUGCUUGGACCACAUCCAGACCGUGUCGAGGGUCAUAGAGGUUUGCCGGGAAUACCGCCUGCCCCUUGUUCUAACCUUCGUCGACUAUGAGAAGGCCUUUGACAGCGAAUACAAUACUGUCAGCGCUGGUCGAUCAAGGGCUGCAUUGCAAUGGACAAUGAAAUCACUUUCCUGGGAAGAAAGGAGCAUACGUGUUGAUGGAAGAUUUCUCUCGAACCUUCGUUUCGCGGACGACAUCGUUCUAUUUUCGAGCAGUACCAAUGAAGCAGAAACGAUGCUCAACGAAUUGAACGAAGCAGGGAAGAGAAUAGGACUACGAAUAAACACAAAGAAGACACAGUUCAUGAAGAACGCCCACUGCGAGGACGGAAGAGUACAACUUGAAGGCUCCCAAAUCGUGGAAACUCCGUUAUACGUAGACCUCGGACGUUCUAUGAACAUGGAAAACGACUUGAAGGAAGAACUGAAUAGAAGAAUGAGAGCAGCAUGGGCAGCAUUCGCAGCCGUCAGAGAAGCUACAGACCAACUGACGGACUAA